AUGACGACGAGGUUGCAAGCUGCAACGGCGAGGCUGCUACCCAACGACGACGAGGCUACAAUGGUGAAGUACUCGGCACUUCGGCACAUAGCCAUCUCAUUUGCCGGUGUGUCUAUCGUGGGCGACGGCAAGGCCGUCGGCCACGCCAUCAACGUACCCACGGCGAGUGGCUACCACCUGCUUGUGGUUAGCAACUACUCGCGUACAAAAGCCACCACACCUACUGGCACGGGGAUCGUCUCACUCGAUUUCAUGGUGGGAGGCCAUCGUUGGCGCAUCGAGUACUAUCCUAAUGGCGACCGCCCAGAGUGCACCGACUCCAUAUCUCUCUUUUUGCGCCUAGUUGACAGAAGUGUAACAGGGACUUUGAAGGUGAAGUUCGAUUUUAGUUUUGUCAACCAGCAUGAGAAGCAAGAUUCGUCAUAUAUUCUUGCAGUCAAGCCAGACGACUUCUCCAGCCCAAGCACAUCUUGGGGUUACAACAAUUUCAUAAAAAGACAAGAUCUUGAGAAAUCAAAUAAUCUAAAUGAUGAUUGUUUCACCAUCCGAUGUGAUAUUGCGAUUGCCACCACCGUUGAUCUCUUUAUUAUGGUACCACCUUCAGGAAUACAUGAGCAUAUCAGCAACCUCCUUCUGUCCAAGGAGGGCACCGAUGUGACAUUCAAGGUUGGCGAGGAAGAGUUUGCUGCCCAUAGGUGCGUGCUCGCGGCUCGGUCUGCGGUGUUCAAGGCAGAGCUCUUUGGCCCCAUGAAGGAGGGCAAAAUGGCAAGCGUCAUACAGAUCGAAGAUAUGGAAUCAAAAGUUUUCAGGGCCUUGCUUGGCUUUAUUUACACUGACUCACUGCCCGAAAUGGAGAUGAACACAAUAGAUGAAGGAAAAGCCCAAGAAACAUUGUGGCUGCAACAUUUGCUUGCAGCGGCGGAUAGAUAUGAUCUCCAAAGGCUGAAAGCACUAUGUGAAGAGAGGUUGUGUGAACAAAUAAAUGUGAGCUCUGUGACAACUAUUCUUACUCAAGCCGAGCAGCUCAAUUGUUGUGGAUUGAAAGGGGUAUGCUUUGAGUUUCUCAAAACUACCACUAAUUUGAAAGAGAUAAUAGCCGUGGACGGAUUGGACGACAUAACUAGAACCUGCCCCUCUCCUAACGGCCGUACCUCAGAGAAUGCCGACUAUGUAUCCAUUUAUCUUCAUCUUCUUGAUGAAGAUGUUGCAGAGUUUAAGGUGUUGUACGAAUUUAGUUUCGUCGACCAGCGUCAGAUGCAAGAUUCAGCCCAUAUUCGUGGAGUCCAGCCAACAAACUUUUCCGACAACCAUCGAUGUUGGGGUUACCCUAAUUUCGCGAAAAGAGACGCCCUUGAGAAAUCAAACCAUCUAAAUGAUGAUUGUUUCACCAUCCGAUGUGACCUUACCAUUGCCUCCACCGUCGAUCUCUUCAUUAAGGUACCGACAUCUUGUAUCCAACACCAUAUAAGCGACCUCUUGCAGUCUGAGGAGGAAGCUGAUGUGACAUUCAAGAUUGGAGAUGACACAUUUGUUGCCCACCGGUGCGUGCUCGCAGCUCGGUCUACGGUCUUCAGAGCAGAGCUAUUUGGCCCCAUGAAAGAGGGCACAAUAGGAGGCAUCAUCCAUAUAGAAGACAUGGAAGGAAAUGUGUUUAAGGCAUUGCUUAGCUUUAUUUACACCGAUUCACUGCCUAAGAUGGCGAUAGACACGUUGGAGGAUGAAAGGGAAGACCAAGAAGUGUUGUGGCUACAACACUUGCUUGAAGCGGCGGAUAGAUAUGAUCUUGAAAGGCUGAAAGUACUUUGUGAAGAGAAGUUGUGCCAACACAUAGACGUGGGCUCGGUGACGACUAUUCUUACUCUAGCCGAGCAACAUAACUGUUCUGUAUUGAAGGAGGUAUGCUUUCAGUUUCUCAAGACUCCUGCUAAUUUGAAGAAGAUAGUUGCGGUUGACGGCUUGGAGGACAUAACAAGAACAUGCCCCUCUCUCUUAAAAAUGCUCAUUGCCAAGCUUGUGUGCCUUUAA